CAUCACCAUCAAACACUCUGUCUUGCUUGUCUUUCGAUCGUUUCUUGCGGGUUUUGAAAGACGCUGGCGAUGGAGAGGAAGAGAAGUAAGCCGGCAUCAGUGCUUCUGUGGGCUGCUGUGGCUGCAUUGUUUUCCCAAAACUUGGUGAUGCCUGUCGUGUCUGCUAUCGGCUUUGAGGAUCAGAAGAACUUCUUCUACACUCCGGUUCCUAGCACAAGCACUCCUCCCACAGUUUCGUAUACCCCUCCCUCACAUGGUUCGGAAGGUGGCCAUGCACCCCCCACACCCUCGCAUGGCAGCUACGGAGGUACACCACCGGCUAACUGUGGUAAUCCAGGGAGUGGAGGGCAUCAUGACCCUAGUCCAUCGCCACCAAAAGGAAGCGGCAGUGGGUACUAUCAUUCUCCUCCAAGCUCAACCCCAAAGACACCAACCAUCGUUAGCCCACCAACUGCUCCAAAUGUCGUCCCAAGAACUCCAAGCACUCCCAGCAUCACAAUACCAUCACCGCCAUUUCCAUUCGAUCCAAACUCUCCACCUUUUACUUGCACUUACUGGAGGAAUCACCCAACAUUGAUAUGGGGUCUGUUUGGCUGGUGGGCAACAAUUGGCAAUGCAUUUGGCGUGACUAGUUUGCCGGGGACUGGAGCUCACAUGAACUUGCUACAGGCUCUUUCAAACACUCGUGCAGACGGGGUUGGAGAACUCUACAGGGAAGGCACAGCUGCUUUGCUCAACUCCAUGACACACCCCAAAUUUCCUUACACAACCACACAUGUCAGGGACAGCUUUGUUGCUGCACUAAGCUCAAACAAGGCUGCAGCAGCACAAGCACAGCUCUUCAAGCUGGCAAACGAGGGUAGAAUCAAGCCCAGAGCCUGAAAAUUGGCAAAACAUUCGUUUAUGUUACAGCUAUAUAGCCCCAUUCAGUUUGGUUUGUGCUGCAUUUAUUUCAAUUAUGUUGAGUUAUUCAGGAUGAGAACUUAUUCUUAUUUCACUGUAACUUUACAGAUUCAAGACUUAUGCCAAAACUCAUGCUUUCUCAUUUAAAUUACAGUAGCGGCUGGUUUGCGUUGCA